AUACGUCCAUCAUAGUGACCUACGGAAGUAAAACCCACACACAACAAAGAUGGAAGGCGAUAUUUCAGACAUGAACAGACCGCAAAUGUAUUUAUUUGGUUGUACCCUCAAAUCGGACAAACGUGAGUACAAAGUUGACGUCAACGACGAUGAAACGGAGCAACAGCUGUCCCUUAAAGCGGCCUGCCUGGGAGCAGAGGCUGAAGACAAAUUCCACAUGGUGGAGGUGGAGGCCCUGACUUAUGAUGGAAAGGCCACCAAAGUACCACUGGUUAUGCUGAAGCCAUCUGUCCUGCCUUCGAUGGGUUUAGGCGGAUUUGAGAUCACGCCGCCAGUAACUUUGCGUCUUCUGUCAGGUUCCGGACCAGUGCACAUUAGCGGACAGCAUUUUGUCAGUGUGAAAGAUUCAGACAACGAAGAGGAAGAACACAACUCAUCGCCGGUGAAGCGUCCAGCUGGUCAGAUGAUGGGGAAAAAGUCCUCACUGAAAAAGCUCAAGAUGGACUCCGAGGAAGACAGCGAUGAGGAUGAUGACGAUGACGAUGAUGAUGAAGAUGAUGACAGUGAUGAAAAUGAAGCCACGCCCCAGAAGAGCACAAAAAAGGGCCCAGAAAUGUCGAAGAAGGCCAGCAAGCUGAAACAAAAUGGCCCUGCACCGAAAGCGUCAGGAUCGGGGGUUAAACCACAGAUCAAGACACCUGUUCCAGGAAAAGACAAAGCCCAGACCGGCCCGUCUAAAUCUCUGUCUUUGGCUGAGAUAAAGAGCAAGUUGUCGGCAUCAGCUAAAGAGGGGAAGCCGAUGCCCAAGACGGAGCAGAAGUUUGAGAACUAUGUCAAGAGUUCCUUUAAAAUUGCAGACAAACAAGUGGUCAAGGACCUGUGGGGUUUUGUGAAGACGCUGAAGAUGGAGCAGAAGUAGACGCCCUCUGACUUUGAACGCCUUUGUCCGUUUUUGCAUCCGUCGGGUGAUUUACGGGCACAGUCGGCAAGAUUUCCUACUUCUUUUCCACGUACGCAUCGCUAAUAGCAUCUGACUCGGACGCGUGACAACAUUAUUUCACUCGGGAAACAUUUAGCGGGAGAGUGGUUUUGCUCUAUGCGGAAGCUGCCGUCUUGUCAGUCUGCACCACCUAUAGCGGAGCGAAGUGACGGCCCAGCCAGUUCAGACCUGCCACUUUCCGCAUUAAAAUAACUACGGUAAACACACGUCAGUGACACCUGUUCGUUUUACACUUGGAGCACGUACAUUCAAUAUGUGAUCAUAAUAUUUUUAAAGUUUUUUAUUUUACUUAGAGAAGAUCUGUAAAAUCACCAGAAAUCCCAAGAUACUCAGAGUAUCAUACCAGAUAUCUACAAAUAAUGGCUUUGUGUUUUAGAAUAACUGUUCAAAUUGGUACUUUAGUCAACAGUUACCCAUAUCUUCUUUUAAAUUGUAAACACACUCAUGACUGUCACUUAAAGGGGAAGUUCUUCAAGUUAGCGAGGGUUUAAUUAGUCGGUGGAGUUAAGUUCAACAACGUCUGUGUAGUUUGUUAGUUUCAGGGCUCUGGAGUGGCUAAGCUAGCGCGAGUCAAUUUGACCAUCUCAGCAUGCCAAUAAAAAACAACGUAUGCACACAUGAAAAUCAUUCAAUCAAUAGUGUUGGCUUUGUUUUCAGGAUAAAGUUAUUAAAACAUACCAUUACAUAUCAAUAAUUGCAGUAUAAACAGCAACAUUUGUGAUCCAGAAGCUCUGCAGCGGAGCAGGGCGGAGUGAUAUCAAAUCGGGUUUUUUCACCGCUGAUUUUAUGUCGUAACCAGCAGCAGGUAACCAGUUUAUAUUGUUCCUUGUUCUUCAUAGGGUAUUUGAGGAAAUCUUCCUUUGCCCAUUUCUUCUGUCUGUUUCCACAGCCUCUAAAUGCACAUUUCGCCAUGUUGCCGGCCGUCAGUUAACUCAGCAGACUGAUGCUGCAUUUGAGGAAGGUGGGAAGUCCAGAGUUUCCAACCUCUGAUCUGGAAAAAUAUCAUUAGUACGUCUCCACUAUUUGAGCGAUUACGAUAAGGCAGGUUUGCUGGAGGUCAAAAUGUCUUUUGAUGACCAAAAUAAAAAAGAACUUGUCGCGAUCAGCCAUCUUUGCUGUUUACAUUCGCUUGGAAUGUUUUAAGGUCGCAACUGGUUCCCUCCGAGCAGGAUGAGUCUGACUUCCCACCUUCCUUGAAUCCAGCGUGAGCACGAGUGGCCGAAGCACUCCUUUCUACUGUGGUAGUAUUACGCAUCUAAAAAAAUAGUCCUGCAGAAUGAAGUGAAUUAAGGCAGUUUGGUAUGACAUUGUUUUGGCAGCAUGGGUGUUUUGAAAUUAUUUGACAAUGUUGGAUCUGUUCGUAGAUUUGUAUCGUUUUUAAUGGCAUGCUAUGAAGGUGCCAUUGACUCGCGCUAGCUUAGCCACUACGGAGCCCUGAAACUAACAAAUAACUUGCAAACUGCACGGAAUUUUUAAAAAUCAACUCCAACAAAUAAUUAAACCCCUGCUAACUUGACGAUUAAUCCUAAUGUAAAGAAAUUCUGAACUUUUGGUUUAAGUUUGACACCUAUGCAUGAGGUUUCUUCUUUCUGAAACUAGCACCACUAACUGAUGACACUUUUAGGACACCAGAUUGGCGAAAAGGUGUCCUCUUAAUCAGUUGAAAUAAAAUUCUGAACCCAUUGUGACCUUCCCCAGAAGAAUUUUAACAUCUCUGAUGCCAUAUUUUAAGAAUUAAAGCUCGUUUUUUAUUUUACUUACCGAAGAUUUUUUUUUUCGUUCAUUUUUUUUUUUUUUUUUAAAGAAAGUACGUUGGCCCUGAAACACAACGACAAAUCAAAAAACACCAUGGCAAAUUAAAAACACAACGGCAGAUAACAACAAAAAAACUAGGGCUGUCAAACGAUUAAAAUUUUUAAUCGAGUUAAUUACAGCUUAAAAAUUAAUUAAUCGUAAUUAAUCGCAAUUCAAACCAUCCAUAAAAUAUACCAUAUUUUUCUGUAAAUUAUUGUUGGAAUAGAAAGAUAGGACACAUGAUAGAUAUAUAUACAUUCAACCUACGGUACGUAAGUACUGUAUUUGUUUAUUAUAACAAUAAAUCAACAAGAUGACCAUUGACAUUAUUAACAUUCUGGUAAAGCGAUCCAUGGAUAGAAAGACUUGUAGUUCUUAAAAGUUAAAUGUUAGUACAAGUUAUAGAAAUUUUAUAUUAAAACCCCUCUUAAUGUUUUCGUUUUAAUUUGUAAAAUUUUCAAUCAAAAAAUAAACUAGUUGCCCGCCAUUGUUGAUGUCAAUAAUUACACAAUGUUCAUGGUUGUGUGCUGAAGCCCAUAAAAUCAGUCGCACCCAAGCGCCAGCAGAGGGCGACAAAACUCCCAAAAACACAAGUAACAAGUGGACAUUGCACUUUGCUGUCAUUUUAAUCUGUUUGAGCGGGGCAUGUGCGUUAAUUGCGUCAAAUAUUUUAACGUGAUUAAUUUAAAAAAAUUAAUUACCGCCCGUUAACGCGAUAAUGUUGACAGCCCUAAAAAAAACUAAUCAAAAAACAAAACGCCAGAUCACAUAACAAAAUUAACACAUUAAAAAACACAACGCCAAAUCACAUAACAAAAAAAAAAAAAAAAAAAAAAAAGCACAACAGUAAAUCACAUAACAAAAAAACAAAUCAAAACACACAACGACAAAUCCAAAAAUGAAAUUAGAUUAAGGAACCGUAAGUGGUAGGUCGGUACCAGUCAAAAAGUACACUCAUCGCUGAUUGGACGAAUCUACCGUCAAGGGUAGGUACUGAUAAACUUGGAAAUUAUUGCGCGUAUGGUGUGGUAUUUGAAAAUAAGCGUGAAUCAAAGACGCGGACGUGACUGAUUUGCUGUUGUGUUUUUUAAUUUGUCGAUUUUUUUUCUAAAUUGUUUUUGUUAUGUGAUUUGUCGCUUUGUUUUUUAAUUAGUUUUUUUGUUAUGUUAUUUGCCUUUGUGUUUUUUAAAUUAUUUUUUUGUUAUGUAAUUUGGCAUUUUAUUUUUUAAUUAUUAUUAUUUUUUGGUUAUAUUUUUUGCCGUUGUGUUUUAUGAUCUGCUGUUGGGCUUUGCACUUCAGGGCCACCGUAAGAAUAAACUAUAAAAUAACCAGAAUUUGCAAGAUAUUCAGAAUAACAUACCAGAUAUCUACAAAUAAUGGUUAUGUGUUUUAGAAUAACUGUUCAAAUUGGUACCUUAGUCAACUGUUAGCCAUAUCUGCUUAUAAAUUGUAAAGACACUCAUGUCUCUGGCUUAAAUUUGACACCUAUGUAUGAGGUUUCCUCUUUCUCGAACUAGCAGCACUAACUGAUGACACUUGUAGGACACCAGAUUGGCAAAAAGGUGUCCUCUUUAUCGGUUGAAAUAAAAUCCUGAACCCACUGUAGCCAUUCCUAGAAGAAUUUAAACAUCCCUGGUCUAGAUAAACCUUUAAAAAGUCUGAGAGUGAAACAAACACUACUUGACAAAAUGCAAUACCAAUGCCUCCUGUGAAUUAAUGUAUUAUCAGUGUGUACAUCUUACAUUUUAUUUCUAGUUCUUUUUUUUUUUCUUUUUUUACCGCAAAUGCAUGUGACCAUGUUUUUUGAAACAUUUUCCAAGAAAAAGAAACGGUUCGAGUUUGAAGUCUACACAAAAGGGUGUAAAUCCUACAACAGUAGCUAUAAAACGCAAAGCACCUGCAGAUGUCACAUUUAUUGCAUUCAGGUGCUCCGCGAUGUUUAAUUGCGUGCCUGCUGAGAUUGGCAUCUCACUUUACUCGCCCGUUCUGCCGCAAAAACUGACUGCAGAAGCUCCGCGGUUCCGCGAUAGCGCACGUCCUUGUCGGAUGCAGUAAUUAACAACGCGAUAGGAAAUAUUGCUGAAUGUGCCUUUAAAUGUCUCUGCCCUAAACUAAGAUUCGUCCAUUUUUCUGUGAAUGACAUUUUUGUUGCUUUGGAUUUUUUAUACUUGCUUGUACAGUUUGUGUGCUUUUAGGUCUGUUUUGCACCAAAGUCUCAGUUUGGUUCUGCGCAGUUAUUAAAUUGAUCAACUCCAGAAUGAUUGGAACUAGACACAAACACACUCUGCGGCAACUCUUACAUAUCUUUCCAUCUUUUUCCUAUGUGCAGACCCACAUUUUUUUCCGCUUGAUGUUCUUCCAGAACCACACCUGGUUCUCGUGCAUCAGAAUUCUUUCCUCUUCUUUUUUAUGCUUUUCCUCAACUUAUUGGAUGCAAAUUUGUAUUAUUACCAUUUUUUUUUUAUGUCAACCCCUCCCUCCUAGUACGUAUGAAACUGAAACUAAUUUUGCUAGGACUUUGAUUAAAUUCACAAGAUUCGCGUUCAUAAAUGUUGAAAUGAUUAAACAUUUUUCAUCAUCAGUCCCACACAGGUUUGUGAGCAGAUUGAGUAUUCUUUUAGACUUGUCUAAUCGGAUCUUUGCUGACUUUGGUAAAUGGAGGUAUACUUGCAGCGCCUUUCCACCUUCAAGGCCCUCAAAACGUUUUACACUACAUCCCCAUCCACCUACUGGUGACGCAGCACCAAGAGCAAUGUGGGGUUCAGUAUCUUGCCCGAGGAUACUUGGGCUAGGUUCAUACUGCAGGUCUCAAUGCGCAAAUCCAAUUUUGUCGUGUUUUUCCAAUUCAAGUGAUGCAUUAAAUUCACGGUCUGAAUGGGACAGAUCGCAUAAAAGUGGACCAUUUCAAAUCUGAUCUGAGUCUAUUUUGUAUGUGGUUUAAAUCCGAUCUGGGCAACAUUUUUCUAGAAUGUGGCGGCGGUCUGAACUGCCAAGUCAACCAAAGUGGAAUUCAUGCAGAAACUAUGUCAGCAAAGCGCGAGAGCGGCAGGCAGGACGGCAGCGAUGUAGCCGUGUUAUCGCCUAGCUUGAACACGGCUUUUGAGUUGGAGGCGGGCUUGACCACAGUGAUAAAAAAAAAUAAAUAAAUAAAAUGAAGAAAAGGAUAAGCCUGAUGAUGCUAGGUUUUCUUUCUGUGCGCCAAAUAAGCAAAAUUUCAGUAUUGCUUACAUGGCUGAGUCGCGGCAAACUGAUCCACACACAUAAGGGGCCGUUUACAUGGUGAUUCUCCAAGAAUACGAAAAAUUUCUAAUUUGCGUUUAUAUGGGCCUGUCUCCAUUCGAACAAUGUCGCAAUUCCGCAUGAAAACGAUGUAGUUUUCAUGCCAGGCCCUAGGGGGCAGUGCAGAUUUACAAGGUGACAGUGAAUGAUGCACUUUGACCCCACUUAGCUCCUCAGCCCGGAAAAAAAUAUGCCCGCCCACUCAAAGCAAUGGCAUUUUUCUUUUGUUCAAAAAGGCACAAAAAUGGAAACAUUCAACAUAUUUAAUUUUAAAAUAUUAUUAAAACAGUAAAUUAAAGCCAACGUUCCACCAUGUUUUCUGUUUUUAAUGUUUAGUACAACCGCUGCGCACGCCCAAUGUGACGUGUAAGAGUGCUGACGUUAUCGGUGCGGUCUCGCGCCGUGGGACUCCCCCCUCAAUCCACCGCAAUCGAAUUCUUCCACUUUGGAGACAGGACUCAGAAUUUUUCGUCUUCGCCUUCCGUGUUCGGCGAAACCAUAUGCACGCGAGGCCAUUCCGCUACUCAGUCAUUGCGUCUUUGUGUCGCAGAGUCGCCAUGUAAACUGUCCCUAAGUUUUAUGUGUGUGUGUGCAUGCGUUCUAUCAAUCCAUAUAAACUUUGAAUAUAAGGCUAAAUGGGGAUAAUUAAUGACGGUGAUUUGAUUUGUAUCCUCAUUUUGGGAAUCAAAAUAUGAUCACAAUGAAACGAUGUAUAGCCAGCAUGUGUAGUCAUUUGUUUUGAUGCUUCUGCGCACGCAAGUCAGUCUGCUCAGCGCGUGUCGGACAGCGAAUUAGUGCGAAUGCGAAAUACUUGAACGGCUCAAUGGACAAAGGCAGUCUGAACGUGCACGCCAAAAAACAGAUAUGACAAAAAAUCGGAAUUUUGCAUUAAGACCUGCAAUACCUGCAGUAUGAACCUAGGGUUGGGGAACGACCACUCUAGCACUGAGCCACAUCACUACGAUAUGUGACUGUAUCACAUUGAAAGGGAAUAAGAGGAACCCCGUUGAUUGCCGGCAGGUUAAGGCUUUGUUCAGACUGGCAGUCAAAAUCCAAUUUUUAGCCCUUCCAGAUUGAAAAUGGAUGGCCUUUUAGUAGUCUUAACAAUCUCCAAGCACUGAAAUCUGACGCAAGACGCAUUGAAACCACAUGUGGGAGGUAGUUUCAUAACGGAUAUGGACAACGUGCUUCUCAGGCGCAACAGGUCAGAUUGGCUUUGACAGCCUGUGACGUCACACUAUGAUGGAUGACGCUUUCGUUGCCACAUCAACCUGUCAGUUAUGUCAAUAAUAGGGCAUAGACCUCAUUAUCAGUUGGCGAUACAGCUCCUACGGACAUUAUGCCACCGCUUCCCGUAGGGGGCCGGGCCAGGCAGAGCGUCGUGUAAGCUGUCACUGUGAUCAACUCAAACACACGCUGCGUUCUAAUGCCGGAUUUAGGUGGAAACAGGACGAAAGUUUUAGCAUACAAGCAGGCAUGAGUGUUUCAAGAGUGAUUUGGUCGAGGAUUCAAGAUAAUUAUUAUAUAAAAUAGCACCAUGCAUGCACUUUGAAACGUUGUGAAAAAAAUGAAAUGGAUGGAAAAAAUUAGCAUAACUUUAGCUGAAAUAUUUCGGUAAAAUGAAUGACACCUGCCCGUUGUUUUGCUUUUAACCAAGAUUCUAGACUGUUUUGCGUUCAUAUCUACAUAUAGAAAUUACAGGAUUUACACAUUUAUUUACAAAAAAAUGUUAACUUCAAAAGUUCUUUGUUUUGUGAUAGCCGCCAUGUUGGAUUUUGUAUCCAUACACAAUGGUGUAACUUUACAUUCAAAUAAUCAGUUAAUUUUCAGUUAGCUGCUUGUUUUUUUGUUUUUUUGUUUUUUUUUGGGGGGGGGGGCAAAAAUGUGUAAUAUAGACAUUUCUGCAUCCAUACAAAAAUUAAUUUGUGUUUUAUGUAACAUGUCAAUCCAAAAAUUCUGCAAAACAACUGAUAAGAAGGAAAAACAAGCUAUCUUCAUUCUUCUGCUGUAAGUUUAUCACGAUUAGACCAAUCCAUUUGAACCGGGAGGGUGGCAGCGAAUGAACCCCUCCCUCUUCAGACGGACCCCUCCCACUUCUAUGGCAGUCAGUGGCAGCCAAUGCCAGGCAACAAAGUCAUUUUGGGCCAUUUAGGGUCAUUACCUGUUGAUUUUCAGUCAUUUCUUGUUGAUUUUAGGGCAUCUUGUGGUUCACUGCCUGUUGAUUUUGAGGCAUUUUAUGAGUCACUUCCUGUUGAUUUUGGAUUACAGCCGGGAUUUAUUAGUCAGUGACUCAAACUCAACAGAAGGUGACCUGUAAAUGCCCAAAAAUGAACAGAAAGUGACCUGUACUGUAAAUGCCCCGAAAAUCUGAAAGAGUGACCGUGAAUGCUCUGGUUCGUUCAUUCGGCCUUCCCUGUCUUAAGUGAUUGGGCGUUGAGCGCCGUCAACGGCAGUCAUAGCGUUAGCUGAGACACGAUUAUGGUGGAAGAUUUUGGUAGCAACUUGUUGCUCCCUUAAUAUAUAUUUUUUUAACAUUGACACCUUCUUAAAACGAUAUCUCGUUUCAUGACAUGAGCGUAUCGAUGCAAAAUAUCACGCUGUAUUACCAUUUCGAUAUUUUGUCAGACCCCUAGUCAAUAAUGUGGCCUAGUCUGAACGGUCCGAGAUCUGAUUUGGACACUUGCUAAAAAUAAGUGUGAACAGUCAGCCCUAAAAAUCGGAUUUAAAGAGGUUUCCAAGUGGAAUCAGAUAUGCCUGCAGUCUGAACGCAGUCUUUAGUCUCCUGUGAUCAUGCUCUUUACACUGUUUAGCCCAAACUGUUUUCCCAACAGACUAAAGCAGUAGAAUCACUUUACACACACCUCACAUUACAGGAUAAUCAAUUGCUCAGGAAUAGCUUUCAGAGAUAUCGCAUAAACGAGCUAAAAUACAUAAUGAUACCGAUUGUCGUUACGCAUUGGGCUUGUUUAACAAGCAAAAUCAAUAUGAGCUCUAUAAAACCAGCACAGAUGUGUUUACCUGAAAAAAAGAAAAACAUCAUUAGUCACAGGCUCGCAGCAGUUCGUUUACAAGUCGGCCGUCGUAUAUUUUAAUGUACCCGCUAACGGGAAAAUCCUAUGAUUAAGCAAGAUAGUCCCCUUUUACUACAGCGCUAUCGAUAAUUAUGAGUUUUUUUGUUUUUUUUUCAAUCGGAAUGACAGAAGAGUGAAAAAUGAUGUCACCUCGACAGAAAGCACAUCAGGCGCUUUAAUUGCUUGCACUCUGAAUGUCUCGACGGCUACAAGCGUGCUCUCAAUCUGUGCUUAUUAUGUGUUUAUGGCACUGUAUAGUUCCUUUUACGAGGCAAAUGUUGGCACUCAGAUGCCAUCUUGAACUGCUCGCGUGAAUCCAUUAAUCAUUACGUACUUCAUCUCAUCAAAUAGGUAUACCUUCCUUCCUGAUUAUCUAAUUUUAACUAGAUUUAGUGGGGAAGUCUGACUUGAGGCCAUUUUUUUCCUAUAUAGUUGAAUCAUUGAAUGACGUCAUUGCUUUUAUCAAUUGAAUGAAGUGUUUUUCUAUUAGUGAUUGUGUUUUUAAGCAGCUGAGGAAAUGGUUUUUGUGUGUGUUUGAAAAAGAUGUGUUGCAGCUUUUGAUUUUUUUUUUUUUACAUUAAAAUCUCCUUGUCCCUCUUGCUCAACAUUUUUGUUGUUUUAUACUUUUAUUAUUCCCUAAUAUGGCCAUUUUACUGUACGUUUUGAAGCGCAUACCCGAACAAAACAAAAUGAGUUUGCUGUAAAAAACAUACUACUGUACCAUUAUGAAGCUGCAACUGUUGUGUAUUCUUACAACAGAACAUGUAUGCUAGAAGCAUGUAUUUUAUUCCAGGCAUACAUAAGAGCAUAUGAAAUUCAUAACACAUAAAAUCCAAAGAUGGGCAUGGUCAUUCAUCCAAAAAUUUGACAAAAGUCGAACAAAUUAGCUUAGCCCCCCCCCCCCCCCACCCCUUAUUUUUGUUUAAUAUACCUGUAGUUUUAUUAUUUACCAAGCAUUUUCUUACAACUCAAUAAGUCAGCUCAUUUACAUUAUUUCUCAUUGGAAAGAAAAGAACUGCAAUCAGACCUAUUUGGGAGUCUACCAACUUUAGACAAUCCACUGGAAAGCUUUGACUCUUACUUUUUUUUUAACAUUUCAUGAACGACUACUGGAGGUGGAUGACAAUGGAGUAUAUAAAAUAGACCUUUUAUUGUUAACUAACCUGUAUCAUAUGCCAAAAUAAAGGGACGUCAACCCCCUAACAAUGCAUUAUUAUUGAUUUAUU